UUCCUCAGUGGGGCACACAAGGGGGUCGGGGAAUGUCCAAAAAUGAAGAGACCAGCGCAUGAUUUACGUUAUCAGUGAAACAAGAAGCAACAACGUGAUCAUCUCUCCCAGGACGAAGACUUCCUCCACAAGCCACUCUUUCGCUCCAACUAAAUGCCACAGUAUUUCCAUACUGAAUUACGCAGUUUUGGAGAAGGUAGCAACAGUGCUGAUUCAUCAGAAUGGCAAUUUAUAUUAUCAUAAUGUAUUUUAUGCUUAUAGCUGUUCAUUAGCGCGAUUUUUUAAGUUGUAAAUUGAAAGCGAGAAUUUAGGAAGGAUUUAGUAUGAAGACGUAAACAAACCUCAAAACAAGGGAAACAGACGUGGCACUUGAUUAUUUACUUCCUUUUCCAGGUAAACCUCAUGAAGGGAGAGGAAGUCAUCCUGUACCAGGAGAAGAAAGGUGCAUUAGGAGUAAAAAAUAAUUAUGUUUAUCAAGAGAACAUUGGAGCAUUUGUGCCGUUGGAAUGUAAAGAAGAGGACUACAAUAGGAGCGAGAGGCAUAUUGUGGGAUGGCUGCGGGAUGUGUUCCUUCCUAAGGGUUACCCAGACUCUGUUUCCCCAGACUACCUUCACUACCAAAUGUGGGAUACAAUACAAGCCUAUUGCAGCAGCAUUGCUGGUGCACUAAGCCUAAGAGCAACCUUUGAAGGUCUGGGAGUGGGAGAAGGAGCAGCAACAUCCCUUGCAGCAACAUUAACAUGGCUAUUGAAAGAUGGAUCAGGAAUGAUUGCCUCCAUUGCAUUUGCCUAUUGGAGAGGGUCACAGCUAGACUGCAAUAGCAAGCAGUGGCGUCUCUUUGCAGAUGUAGCAAAUGAUACUGGACAUCUUCUAAGGCUCUUGGGCCCUCUGCUACCAGUUCCUUUCUUGGCUGUAAUGUGUGUCUCAGCUGUGAUGAUGGCUUUAGUUGGAGUGGCAGGAGGAGCCACACGUGCUGCCCUUACUCUGCAUCAGGCACGUCGUGACAAUAUGGCAGACGUAUCCGCUAAAGACGGAAGCCAGGAAACCCUUGUGAACUUGGCUGCCCUAGUCACCUCUCUCACCAUAUUGCCUCUCAUCAUUUCAAAUUUCAUACUAACCUGGGUGACCUUCAUCCUGUGUGUGGUUAUGCACCUCCUGGCCAACUAUCAAGCAGUAAGAUCAGUCAGAAUGGAAAGUCUCAACAGACCUCGCCUUUUAUACACUCUAGAUAAGUGGACGACAAGUGCAAGUGUUCCUGGGAUAGAUGAGACUAACUUAACUGAGCCUUUGCUUACUGGGGCAGCAUUCAUUCCAGACUUCUUUCCUCAUGGAUUUCGAGUUAGACUUGGUUGCUCUUUAACUGGAGCGCUUAACCACUGUUGGAGCAGUGAAAAGAGCAUGAAAGACAUUUAUCUGAAUAUUAUGGAAACAUUUACAAUGGAAAACUAUAUAGUAUGUGGGAACCUAACACAAAGACAGAUAUUUGUUAUCUACAAACAAGAAUUGACAACUAAGCAAGAAUUGGAGGCCUUUUUUGUGGUUUACCUUUGCAUAUUGAACUUUGUUCAUAUUAAGGAGGGUGUUCAAGUAUCUGCAGAAUUUGUUGCGGAGGGUUUGACAGAAUCCACUGAUGUGGACAACAUUAUCCCACAUGUGAAGGUGUAUGCCCAGAGGUUGUUUCCAUCAUUCCUGUUGGAGCUCAGUGCUAAAGGGUGGAAUGUCAGUCGGCUUCUUCUUGCUGCAGGCGAAUGGAGGUUGGCAUAAGGCAUAGGAGCAAGGGACAGCCAGUUGCUUUCCAGUUUCUUAGGGUAUUUUUGUAUGGGAUAUUUUGGAAGAAAGGAUGUAACAAGAAAAA